CCACCACUAGGACAGCGUGUCCAAAUCCUCCUCCCAUUAACAGAGUGGCGGAGCGAAGUCCCCGCGCAGCACACCGUGAACUGAUGCAUCGUGCGUGGCAAAGGGGAGGACGAAACUAGGCACGCUGCGGGAGGCCGUGGCAACGAGAGACUCGCCUGUGUGGAUGGGACCAGGCAGGCACUUCGGGAGGAUAGAUGGCCACUGAAGCACCCGCUCCUGAGGGGCCAGAGGCUUCCAGAUCGGAUGGUGGCAGAGAAGGAGAACUGAGCAAGAAGAUUCCGUUUGCACCGCCCGCGAUUUCUUGCGUCCUCGGCCGCUUUGGGAUUUAAUUCCCGCUCUCCCUAGGCGAAGGUGUAUGUCCUCCAUUGAUGCCCGUUGCAUUCAGAUUUUGCUCCUAGGGGCUCCUCUUGCGCCAGAGGAGCUGCCGGGGGUGUUAAAAGUUCCAGUUUCUUCCCAAGUCUCCCUCUCACCCCGAGCCUUUCUGCCAGCAUGUGCGCCAACAUAGUGUACGAGUGGCUGAAGACGCUGAAGCUCUCGCAGUAUGCGGAGUCCUUUGUGGAUAAUGGCUAUGACGACCUGGAGGUGUGCAAACAAAUUGGAGACCUGGACCUGGAUGCGAUCGGGGUCUCCCUGCCCCAGCACCGGCGCUGGAUCCACGAAGCUGUUCAAAGGCUGAAGGAGGAGGACGAGACCACCGCUGGGCUUUACUUCACCUUGGAACCUCAGCAGCAGGGCCCCCCUUCCCCGGAGAUCUACACCAGCCACCUGAUGGAGGAGUACGAGGCCAAGACUUGGAAGGAGCCACCUGCUCAGCAUUCCCAUGGAUUCCCUGGAAAAGUACUAAGUGGCAACAAGGAGUUAGUUACUUACCCCAAACUCAGAUUGAAAAUUAUGAUUAGGGAUAAACUCAUCCGAGAUGGCAUCAACCUGAGUAAGCUGCCUUACUCCAACAAGGUCAAAAGCUACAUAUCAAAAUCAGCCGUAAACAAUCUUUCACUGAAGAUAACCUAAAGGUUGUAUUAACACUGGAUUGCUUUUAAAAAAUUGAACAGUGAAAUGUAUGACAGCUGACACUUGGCAUGUAGCGAUUUCAAAAUCCGCUGUCUGCCCCUUGAUGUCUUCAUCUGACAACAUCUAUAUGUUGCCUGGUUCCCAUGGCAACUAAGCACUCUAGUAAUUGCAACCCUGGAAAGAUAAUUAUUUCACUCAAAACAUAGUGUACGUUUAACCUGUCUGAAAUUUCAACAAUCCAUCUUUUAAUCACAAGUGUUUUGAAAGGUCUAAUUCAGGCUGUUUCUUUGGUGCUACAGUUACAUGGUUGUUAACUUGUAUGUUUAACUAAUCAGGUAAAUUGCCUUUUUACUCUGGUGGUUUCAGAUUUCUUAGCCCAUUUAUUUUAUAAUGUAUACAUGAUGUGGCACUA